AUGGGUGAGUGUUUGACUUAUCAUCAAGAAAAGACCAAUUUGAAUGGAAUGGAUGGAUAUAUCAAGGAAACUGUUUGUGACCUCAAGCGUUUGCACAGGGCAUAUGAUGAUGUUUCAGGGAUCAAUGAAGCAUCAUAUUCUGUUUUCAUAAGAGCGGUUCUUGUUGGAGUUCUACAGACAUAUAAUCCACAACAAUUAAUUAGCAUAACUGAAGCAAAAAAAGAAAGUAUUACUCAAGGAUUUGCACAGAAUCUAGUACAAUUACAUAGUUCAUAUAUGACCAAUCAAAGAAAAACUGACAAUGAAGAAACUUCUAAAUUACAAGUUCUAUUUGGUAUUGUCUCAACAGGCACUUUCACCACAUGA